AUGAGCGAAUACUGGGUCAGCAAGAAGAAGUACUUCUGCAAAUACUGCGACAUUUAUAUCGCUGAUGACGCACCUUCACGUCAACAACACGAGAAUGGCCUGCGACACAAAGGAAACAGAGAGCGCUACAUUCGUGGAAUAUAUAAAUCGGGGGAGAAGAAGAAGCAGGAACUUGCUGAAGAGAAGCGUGAGAUGGCAAGGGUGGAAGCGGCUGCUAACGCUGCCUACGCACAAGACAUUGGGUCUGGAAUUGCCGGCCCAUCCAAAUAUUCUACCGCCCCCACACCAGCUCCUAAACCCAAGAAACCGGUUAAACCUUCGGAUCCCUACGCCAACUAUUCUAACGCCGCACAGUUAGGCUUCGUCGAUGUGGAAGGGGAGCAUAUGGAAGCAUUGAAGGCGCUGAAAGAAAAAGAAGGCCGCAUAGCUGAACCUGAGCCCGAACCCGAGCCAACUCCGGAUGAGGAAGAGAGGCGCUGGAAAUUCGAAAGCAACAAAAGGAGGAGAAUUUCUGUUGCAAUGGGUGAUAUAUAUGACCCGGGAGAAAUUAGUGUUCUGCGGAAGGAAGGGGAGGUAAAGGAUGAGCCGACAGAAGAGCCGAAGAUCGAGCCGCAGGACCAGUCCCUCCCGAAGCCGGCUUGGAAGCCUAUCGUUUUAAAGAAAACCACAAACGCCGGGGUGACACCUCUUGAACACAAAGGAGCCGAGAAGUCGGAGGAAAUCAGCGAGACAGUCCCCCCUGUACCCAUCCUGGAUGUUACAAGCACUCAAUCCCCAAUCCCUAACCCCCCGACCGAACCUCAAGUGGAGUUGCCAUUCAUUUCCCCGCCUGUGAAAUUGGAAGCAAAAGAGCCGUCGGUUCAAGAGGAAGAGAGUAAGCCAACUUCUGCUGGGUUGUUCCGUAAGCGAAAGGCCCCCAGUACCACCGUUUCCAAUACAACUCGUGGAACAAGAAGGAUGUUAUGA